CAAUUUUGAAAUAGGUAACUUGCGGCGCUGAAGUACAAAAGUGCUACAGUUGUGUUCAACCGAGAGGCGCGAAAGACGUCUUGAUUUUCAGUUUCUCGUGGAAAAUUCCAUAUUUUUAUCGUGUUAUGAGAGGUUUAUGAGCACAGAGAUAAGGUAUCAACACUAGUACAGCACCAUGUCGGAUCAGGACACCCAGGACAUCCCACUGUCUGAUGGGGAGGAGGACAUGUUGGAAGAUCCUGGUCUUGAAGACACAGUUUCUGACGAAAUCAUCCGCAAGGAUCUCCUGUCCGAUUUUGCAACACCUGCCAAAGUGCAGACUGGGCGCAGCAGCAUCGACCAUGGCACUGAGCACAUGAAGGUUUACCUCCGGAUCAGGCCACUGGCAGAGGACGAGAAGGAACAUGGAGAAGAACAGGGCUGUAUGCACAUAGAUAAUGAGAACACCUUGGUCACCAUGGCCCCCAAGGAUUCCUUCAUGUACAAGAGCAGCACCAGGGGGUUUGGUGACAUCAUGCACAAGUUCAGCUUCUCUCGUAUCUUCAACGAGGGCACCUGCCAGAAGGACUUCUUCGAUAACUCCAUGCUGGGUAUGGUGAAGGACUUUGUGGGUGGACAGAACUGCCUGGUGUUUACAUACGGGGUCACCAACUCUGGCAAGACUUACACCAUACAAGGAAGUUCCAAAGAUGGUGGCAUCCUUCCCCGUACCCUGGAUGUGGUCUUCAACAGUAUAGCCGAGAAGAAGUGGGAGGGGGGCAUGAGCCUGAAGCCAAGAUGCUUCUCUGACGUUGUCAAGCUUGACGAGAGAGGUGUGCGUCAGCAAGAGGCCAUCAAGGCAGCCGUGCUGAAGAUGGCAGAGAAACAGGAGCCACUAGAGGGAGCCAGCGGAGCAGACUUGACCAAUGUCUCCAAGAUGUCAGCCAUGACAGAAGACUCCUUGUGCAGCCAGUCCUCACAGAAGUCUGACACUAUGGAGGACGCUGAUGGAAUUGAUGUCCUUGCAGAGGUGGAGUCUCGUGUGGCAGAUGAGACAUCUGUCAGUGUGGAUGCCCAGGGGCCUGUCAAGUUUUCCAUCUGGGUCUCUUUCGCUGAGAUCUACAAUGAGUACAUCUAUGACCUGCUAGAAGCCUAUCCACAGGGAAAGAACAAGCGCAGGCCGACUUUGAAACUGUCUGAGGACAAGCACGGCAGUAUAUACAUAAAAGGUCUGAGAGAGAUCAUGGUGACCAGUGCAGACGAGGCGUACAAGAUCCUGACCAUCGGGCAGAAAAACCUUCACAUCGCUGCCACCAAGAUGAACCACUGCUCCAGCAGGAGCCAUUGUAUCUUCAGUAUCAAGAUCCUGAGAGUUGUGGAUGUUGAUGACCCACACGUUGCCAGGAUGAGCAUGUUGUCCUUCUGUGACCUGGCUGGAUCUGAGCGCUACACAAAAACCCAAAGCACUGGGGAUCGACUGAGAGAGGCAGGGAACAUCAACACCUCCAUCCUGACCCUUGGCAAGUGUAUCAAGAACCUGAGGUGGAACCAGCAUCACAGGGAUAACCCGAAGAUCAUUCCGUUCCGUGAGAGCAAGCUGACGCGGCUGUUCCAGAGUUUUUUCCUGGGGCACGGCAAGGCUGGCAUGAUUGUGAAUGUCAACAAGUGCGCCUCCAUGUUUGACGAGACAUACCAUGUCCUCAAGUUCUCAGCAGUUGCUAAGCAGAUUGUAACCAGAAUCUCCAAGGUGGAUCGGUGGAACACGUCUUUCCCGCGCCCAGCACCGCCUCGCAACGUGUCUCUGGCACUCAACAACUCUGCCACACCCAAAAGUCGUUCCACUGUUGGUUGGGCGUCUAACGCCGUCCGACCAUCCACUAUGGUCGAGCAGGAUGUCAUUGAAGAGGAGGAGGAAGAAGAAGAUGAUGAUGAUGACGCAGAGACUACAUACACGGACCUGGCCUCUCUGGUGGAGAAGCUCCAGCAGGAGCUGAUAGAGGAGAGGAAGGAGAAGGUUCUGAUGGAGGUGCGCAUCAGGGAGGAGGUUUGUGAGGAGAUGGCCAAGUCUCUGGUGGAGAUAGAGAAUGACUACAGUGAGCGCCUACAACAACAGCAGCAGAACAUUGAGGAGAAGUGGGAGAAGAGGAUUGAGAUGUACAGCCAGAGCAUCAAGAAGUCACGCAAGCGGGCCCGGGUGGACAGGGUACAGGACGAGGAGGAGGAGUGGGUCUCCAGUGUUCUACUACAUGCAGAGCAGGUCAAGGUCAAGGAAAGAGAUGAACAGAUCAAGGACCUGACAAUCCAAGUGACCUCUCUGAGUGAAAACCUGAAGAUUGCAAACGACAACCUCGAUUUCAAACGUCUGGAACUCCAGCGCCGUGAUGACCAGCACAAGAAGGAGAUGACCCAGCUCAAGGCAGAAAAGUCUGAACUGCAACAGGGGGCAUCCAACAGUUCAGUAGACACCCACCUGCAGACAGAGCUGAGUGAGGCCCAGAAAACAAUCAAGGCACAAGAGAAGGAGAUAGCUGAUCUCCAGGAAACACUGAAGGAAGCAGGGGAGACUUUCUUUGAGAAGAAUGACGAAAUCGAGAAACUGAAGGCUGCUAUUACUGAGGAUGAAGAGAAGAUGAAGUCACAGAAUACAACCAUCACAGACCUGCAGCAGCUUGUUGAGGAACUCCGUACCUUGGCAGACCAGACCAAGGCCACUAUUGCUGAGAAGGAAGAGAAGAUCGCUGACCUUGCUAAGCAAAUCCAAGACCAGAAAGACAUGAUGGACCAAAAGAUAGAAGCCCUACAACAAGACCUGUCUCUCCUGUCAUCAGAGAGAAACGAAGCCAUCAACAAGGCAGACAAACAACAGAACGAGAUCCAGGAACUAGUAGAAAAGAUUCAGUCCCAGACUCUACUGCUGAAUGCCACCUCUACAGCAGACGAUGGGGAGAUUCAACUCUUACGUCAGAAAUUGUCCGAACUGGAAGAUUCUCUGAAGGAGGCAAGAACAAAGGCAGACUCCUACCAAGAGCAGGCAGAAGAGUUAGUCAAAUCAAAGGAAGAGCUUGAGUCCUCAAAGCAAAAAGUUUUCGAACUGGAAGAACGUCUCAUUGCGGCUCAAACAGCUUCAGAAUCUAGUCAAGUCAAAGCUGAUGAACUGUCUAGUAAGCAAGAAGAAGUCCUGUCUUUAAGAAAGAAAGUUGAAGAAUUGGAAGGCAGUCUGAAAGAGGCAACCUCAAGUGCAGAUUCCAACAAAGAAAAGGUGGCCAAGCAGGAUGAAGACUUGCACUCCUUGAAGCAGAAGAUUCUAGAACUGGAGCAGGCUGCAAAAGAUUCCACAGCAGAAACUGACCAGUACAAGGAGAAAGCUGACAAGUAUGAGAAGACAAUGGAAGACUACAAAACGGCCCUGAGCGACCAUGAAUCUUUUGUGGAAAACUUGAACAAGGAAGUGAAAGAACUGAAGUCAGAGCUUGAGGAAGAAGUGAAGACUCACCAGGCUGCAAAGACCAAGGUACUGGAAUUAGAACACAAAGUUGAAGAACUGGACACAGCAAAUAAAACAAUAGUAGGGUCAACUAGAAAAGGAGACAAGGAGAAGCAGAGGCUAGAAAAGGCUCUUAAAGAAGCCAAUACUUCCCACCUGGAAACCAAGAAACAGAACUUGGAGCUGGAGAAGAAGUUACAAGAAGCUGAAAAACAGCUGGGAGAAGCCAAGAAAAGGGAGCAUCUGGCCAAGAAAGAUGUGAAGUCUGCAAGAGAGAAUCUGAAGACAGCAGAAGAGCAGGUAGCUGCGAAUGAGAAGUCUAUAAAAGACUUAGACAACCAUGUUGCUGAGCUUAAGGAAUCUGAAGGGAGUCUCAAGAAGCUGCUGGCCUCGUCCCAGGAACAGGCUGAUAAACUUACAAGCCUCAUGACCGAAAGAGAAAGUGCAAUUAAGGAAUUGCGAGAGGAUGUCGCUUCCAAGGAGGCUGCCGUGAGAGAGAAGGAGGGUGAAGUUGGUUCCUUAACUCAGAAGCUGGAUGAGAUGCAGAAGCUACACCAGCAGGAUGAGAACACCUGCAGCAGCCACCAGGAGGAAAUAACACAGCUGCAGAAUCAACUGUCUGAGGUCAACAAGCAGCUGAAGGAGAGGGAAGCUUCAGAGAAUGAGAUGAAAGGUCAGGUUGCAAAGUUGUGGAAUCAGACCCAGGCUGACAAGACUGCCCUCCACGAUGCAGAAAGCACCUCCAGGCAGCUGGAAACACAGGUGGAGGGGCUGAAGGGACAGCUGAAGGAGAAGGAAGACCGUGCUGCCAUGUUAGAGAAGGAUCUGGAGAUAGUGAGAUCAACAGUCAGUGACUACAAGGCAGUCAGAGAAGACCUUGAGAAGACCCGUUCCCGGGAGGUUGACAUGAGAGCCACCUUGCAGUCCAUGACGGCACAGCAGGAGGAGAGGAACAGCACCAUCGACAGGCUGGAGGAUUCCCUCAACACUCUGAAGCAGGAACUGAAGGAGAAGGUGGAUCAAGCCAAGCUGGCUCAGGAGGAACAACAGGCUGCAAAGAAGGAGAAAGAAGAUGCCUCCAAGAAAGUAGAAGAGUUGGAAGCUCUCCUGGAGGCGAAGGAAAAGCGUCUGAAGACCAAGUCUGCCACCAUCAAAGAGCUGAUGGAGAAGGCUGACCAGGAGAGGAGGAAGGCUGAGGAUGAGAGGCAGAAAUAUGAGAUUGCUUUCACAGAUGUGCAGGGUAACGAGACAGUAAUCUCCACCCUGAAGCAGGCUCUGGAGGAGCAGGAGGCGACCAUGGCCACCCAGGACAAGGUGCUGGAGAGCAAACAGGAGGAGAUCCAGACAUUUGCAGACGAACUUGAAGACUUGCAAAAGAAAUACUCGGAGCUCCUGGAGUCGUCUGAUGUGAACAAGAGGGAACUGAAGAGAACCAUCAGCAACCUGGAACACCUGAAGUUAAACUAUGAGCAGGCUGACACGGACAGGAAGUCAGCACAGGAGGAACUGGGGAGUGUGAAGGAGGAAAAAGAUGGGCUGCAGGAACAGUUGAAGACCCUGUCAGAAAGAGUCCAGGAGCUAGAGCGGACACUCCACUCCACAAAGGGGGAGGAGGGAGCACUGCAGAAUGAGAAAGAUCGUCUGGAGGUGGCUCUUGUUGACAGCAAGAAGGAAGUGGAGACACUUGAGCAGUGGCUGUCAGAGACCAAACAGGAGUUGGAACAGCUGAAAAAAGAACUUGAGGAUGGAGAAAAGGACAACACUGACAAGGAAGCCCUGGAGGACACAGUCAGGCAGCUGCAGCAGGAUCUGGAGACAGUCCAGCAGCAGAAGGAGGAGGAGCUGUCCCAGUGGAGGGGUGAGAGGGACCAGCUGGUGUCUGAGCUCGAGAAACAACUCAAGGCCCUGGUCGCCAGGGAAAAGGCCACCCAGGCGUCCCUGGCAGAUGCAGAGGAGGAGAUCAAGACAUUAAAGGCUGAGAAGGAAGAGACCCAGGAGUCUGGUGACCGUCUGACGGCCCUUCAGAGCCAGCUGGAUGAGUGUUACUCCACCAUCUCUCACCUGGAGGAGCAGCUGAAGCAGCAGACCUCCGGCCCGGCCACCCGCCGCGGCAGACGCACCACCCGCUCCGCCAUGAUCAGCGAGGACCAGCUGCGCAGGGAGCUCGACACCUGCCGCAAACAGCUGCAAGAGGAGUAUGGGCAGUACCUUGCUGAAUAUGCACAGUUGGUAGAGGAGCAGCGAGCCAAGGAGAAGGUGUCGGAUAACCUGGACAAGGCCGUCAGGGCAAAGGACAAGAUCAUUGAUGAACUGAAGAAGUCCAACCAGGACCUGCAGAGGGAACUCUGGGCACAAUCGGAGGAGAGGAGUCACCAUCCAAGUGGCAGCAGUACUGGAAGCACCAGCAUCAAACAAGAGGAAGAGGAGGAGGAGGAGGAUAUAGAACCUGCUGAGGAGGCUACAGAGGAAGGAGACGGGCCAAUUGUGUUUGACGAGAGUGAGAUUAUUGACGAGGAGGGGAACCGAAAGCGUCGCUUCCCGUCCGUCCAUCUGGAGAUGGAUGUCACACCUGUGGUCACCAAGCGCAAGACCAAAACCACACGAGCUGCAGGGAGCCGUAGGGGGAGGAAAAGGAAGAGUGAAGAACUGGUGGAGAAUGAAGACCCCAAGGUUGACACCCCAGCCACAAGGACCCGCAGUAGGAAGAAAGUCCCCAAGACAUCUAUAAAGCAGGAACCUGUAUCACCAACCCCUUCGGAGUCACAUGUACCAGAAACUCCAGAGGAUCAGUUGCCACUCAGCUCACUCCGUGGGAGCAAGAGAACAGCCCUGUCCAGGAUUGGUGACUACGUCAGCAACUCCCCUGUGGCCAAGUCAGCUAAGAAGAUAGUGGAGGCUGCUGUGGGACUGGCAUCUCCAACCAAGUCACCUGUUGCCGAGUCCCCUCCCAGGCCCGCAGAGAAAAAGAAACGUCGGAAACUUUACAAGACAGACAUCUCUGCACCAUUCGAGUGCCCUCCCCAUCAACUGGUAUCAACAGGGAUCAAUGAGCCAGCGGAGGAUGCACACUCCAUCGUGACCAGGAGAUUGAGGACGAGAACACACAAGAAAUGAUUCCAACAACUGAAGGCAGGCUGGUGAAGUGAAAACAACAACACAUAUCGUAUAUGAGAUAUGAAGAUAUUUUCUACAGAUGUGUAUAUAUUGACUCUGGCACUAUUGUAGACGAAAGGUAAAUUUAGUUUUGUAAGACACUAAAGGGCUCCCUGUCUUAAUCUAAGGGUUUUCCAUCUUUUUAAGUAAGUUUUCCUGCGCAACAUAUGCGGUACAAAUAUAUUAUGAUAGACCUGGUAUGUAGCAGAAAUCCACUGAAACAUUCAUACACGCAAAUGAAUCUGCUACUGGGUUUGUACAGAUAUAUCUAUUGUCUAUACACAUACUCGAAUGACUUUCACCUAUUACUUCCAUAAUUCCCAUUACUUUAUAGCUUCUAUUUCUGGUGAUUGUGCUUGCUUUUGUUUUAGUAUAACCAAGAAGGUUUUAACCUCCUUGCUAUAACUAGUUUUUACCCUUUCAAAUAAUGUUUACUUAAUUUUAUGUACUCAAACUGUCCACUUUUAGAUACUUAAGAAAUAAAGGUACAAUUCA